CAUUUACCUUAAAUAUUCAAAAAAAUAGUGGUUUUUCCGUGACUUUCUUGCAGAAUUGGUCUAGCCGCACAAGUUUUUCAUAUACCAUAUUCUCAGGUUCAGCUUCUAAAAUGAGCUGUAGGUGAUUGAAUUUAGAUAUGACGAAAUGAAAUUUUCAGCACUGCGUAGGAUAGUCAAGAGGUUGUAAGUAUAUAUUCCAAAAGUCGUAGUUGUGAAAUUCUUCGCAAUCCAAAUCAAAUUAUGUUCUCAUACAGUACUAUUGAGCAAAAGCUUCUAAAUUGGAAUAAAACGUACAAACAUAUUCAAUUAUUGUUUUUGUUCACCAGAUCAUAAUACGCACCACGACAGUGCACCGAAAAAAUCUUUCUCAGUUGUUGUGAAAUACGAUGCUUCGCAUGCAUAAAAUCUUCGUAUACAUUUGAUCGCAAUCUUCCUUAGAUAAAGAAAAUUAGUUUAAAUAAUCAGGGGAUAAUCAAAAUAACUGGGACUUUUCAAAAAAUGUUCAACUGGCUGUAACUUUUCGAAAAGGGCAUCAAAUAUUCUCAAAUUUUUACUGUAAAUUCAUCAACUGUGCUUGUAUCAGUGGUCCAAUUUUGGCAAAGAUCGGGCUAUUUUACGCGAAGUUAGAAAGAUUCAAGAAAAGGGUAUAAUUAUCCGAUAUCCAACUUUGAGUUAUAUCACUGGAUUCAAUGAACCGAAUGCAAUGAAAUUUUGAUCAUUUAUGACGAUUAUAAUGAACUUUGAAAAACAUUUGACUUCAUUUCAAAUUAUUAAUAGUAAAAAAGUUAUAACGAUUUUAUUUAUUCUACGUUUUUUUAGUAAAUUUAUCUAUUUUUCAUAUGCAUCCCAUUACCUUUCCAAUUUAAUGCCGGCCAUUUAGUUGCUUUCCUCCAAAAUAUAAAUAUUUUCAAGUCUGUGGAGCGGACCUGGUGUGAUGGUUAGAACACUUGACUAUCACGCCGAGGACCUGGGAUCGAAUCCCACUCCCGACAAACUCGCAAAAUGUGAGUUCUUCCUUCGGAAGGGAAGUAAAGCGUGGGUCCCGAGAUGAACUAGCCAAGGGCUAAAAAUCUCGUUAUUACAGAUAAAAAAAAAAACAAAUCAAAUAGAGGGAGUUUAAAUGAACUAUAAUUACCAUGUCAAAUUUUGAAACGAUGAUGAAAUUUUGGAUAAAUUGGUGUUAUAUUAGAAAAAUAAUCUAAUCGUUUUAAUUUGCUUUUGUGUAAAGAAUUUUAAGUUUAGUAAAAAGUUUUUAAUAGCUUAUUAUAUUUGUCAUAAAUGAUCAAAAUUUCAUUGCAUUCGGAUUGUUGAAUCCAGAGAUAUAACAUCUCAAAGUUAGCUAUCGGAUAAUUAUACCUUUUUGUAGAACCUUUCUUACUUCGUGUAGAAUAGCCCAAUCUUUUCCAAAAUUGGAACACUGAUACACAACUAGUUGAUGAACUUACAGUAAAAAUUUGAGAAUAUUUGAUGCUCUUUUCGAAAAGUUACAGCUAGUUGAACAUUUUUUGAGAAGCGAAAAUUUUACCUGUCCCAGUUAUUUUGAGUAUCCCCUGAGAGUCCGCAAUCCCAUAAAGUGAAGGUCGUCAGUUAAAGAUAUCGCAUCAUCUCAUUAGCCCAGAAAUGAUCAUGACACGCCGUUAAUGUGUGAAUAUCAUAUUUCAAACUCUUACGUAGAAAUUUCAUAAAUGUCUAUUCUGAAAAUGCGCACAUAACAACCUCAUUAAUUACGUCCAAUCAGUUUCCAUAAUUGAUCUUCCAUUUCUUUCCUACUGUUUGCGUUCGUUUAUUUAUGUCUCCCAACUGUCUGACACUGACUUCCCUGCAUCACACUGGUUCAACCCUAACGUCUCUAAGUUUUGCACUAUUUUGGGUUUCUGUUCCCUUUGCCUCUCGCCGGCUGUUCUGUUUGAAUUUCCCAGGCAGGUGGUUUUCCCCGGCGUUGAGCGGUUCGGAUUCAAGUGGAUACUUUUCAAAUGACAGCGACGGUCAGAAGAUUUGAUCCCGUUGCUCUAAGUGAACACACAGGUGGAACAGUUCAUUUGUCACUGUAGUCGUUAAAAUUCGAAGAUGAGAAAUGCCCGACAUAGUAAUUUAUUUUCCAAGCCAUGUAUUCUCGGCAGCAGCUCCAUCGUGAGUGCAUGUGCUCAGGGAAGAACGUGUGCUAUUUCCCGACCACGGGUAAGGAAUCUCGUGUGUCGAUCAACUCGAGACCGCACAUCUGUUUGGAGAUUUCAGCAUGAUGGAUUUCGAACACAGUCAUGCGGAGUGAAUGAGCGCCUCACUCUUAAUUCGAAUCGGAUUUUUAACGAGAUUUGCAACGUUCGACAGCGAUCUGCUCAGUCUUGAUGUAGCGUUUAGCUCCUUCGAAUGCGUCGAUCAAGUGGAUCAAGUCAAUCGAAAAAAUGGUGUUCAGUGAGAAGAAGAAUUUGCUAUUUUUGUAUUCCAUUCUAGUUUCAUUUUUAAUGGUUCGUGCAUAUAGAUAUCACUACGAAGAUUAUGAUAUUAUGAUGAGCACAUGCCGUGAGAACGAAGCGUGUAACAUAGUUCACCAUCGUUAUUGGAUGCCAAGUGCAGUGGAGAAGAUCUGUCGCUGCCCUCUGAAUACUCCGAGCUGUCCGGUAACCUACAGUCACCAUGGACACAUCAUGAACAUCAACACUCGAACGCAGAUGAAGUUCUGUUCAUCGACGAAACAUUUGGAACGAUGUCAAUCGAAUCAAAUUGCUCUCCAGAAGAAGACUCUCUAUCAGAAGUAUGGUAUCAAGAAUGUGUCGAUCGUUGCACGGUGCCAGUGCGAUAAUACACAGCAGCAUUGGGUUUACGUCAAUCAAACUGGAGAAGACAUUAACGACGAGAGGCAUCAGGUGACAGUGGUGGA